AGGGGAAAGCUCUUGUCUUCAGUGCCACUGGAACAAGACUGGCAAGGAGACACAUCUGCACAGGUCAGAACUUCCCUGUGAUUUCCACAAGGUCAUCAGUGAAAGAAAGAAAAAGAUUUCUCACCAAACUGUCAGCUUGCCCCGUGGAGCAGAUUUCAAGAGAGAAAAUGUUCCUGCCCUCCAGGUCUCUGCAGAUGGUCACACUGAUGGCAAUUCUUCUUGCCUGCUCUGCAGCCUGUCAAGACCCUGAAAAUAAACGAGCAGUGACCGAGCACCAGCUCAUGCACGACAAGGGGAGGGAAUUCCAAGGGCUGAAGCGCCUGAUGUGGCUCCACAACGCCCUGGGCAGCGUGCACACAGCCAGCAGCAGGGAUGUUUCUCUUUCUGAUGCCAUGUGGGAUUCACAGAAGAGCCAAGAUCCCUCUGAUCUCUACAACAGCAUCGGCAGAGCUGAGACUCCGAGCUUGGAGGUGCCAGGAAAAGAGCAGAGCUUCCCCCUCUUAAAUCAGCCACGGAAUGUGAAGACCCCGAAGGGCAACUGGAAGCCACAAAACCUUCCUGACCUCCUUCAAAUCAAAGUGCUGGGCAGCAGGAGAAAUCCUAGCAGCCAGCUACAGAACUCUUCCUGCUAG